AUACGAUCAUGACUUUGGCGAAGAGGAUGUCAAGAGACUUGCCAUCUUUCACGACAACCUCAAGUUCAUAGAUGAAGUAAAUUCAAGGAACCUUUCAUACAAGCUGGGUAUCACUCCUCUCACUCAUCUUACAAACGAUGAAUUCAGAGAGUUCGUCACAAGAGGAUACUCCCUUGGUGACUGGCAGCAAACGAUGUUGCGAGGAAUCCACUCCGAGGCCCAAACAUUCGGAUUUGAGGGCUCGGUCGAUGAUGAUCUGCCGAUGAGGGUCGACUAUGUCGAAAAAGGUUGGGUUACUGAUGUGAAGUCCCAAGGAACUGUAUGCGGCAGCUGCUGGGCUUUUGGCGUUGCUGGUGCAUUGGAAGGCCUCCACAAGAAUGUUACUGGUCAGCUUGUCUCUCUCUCGGAGCAAGAACUUAUCGACUGCAGUACAGCCUACGGCAAUCAAGGAUGCAAUGGUACACGUCAUUUGAACGAUUUCUACGAGUAUGUUGCGGAUCAUGGUUUGGAAACUGAAAGAGCUUAUAAAUAUGUAGGAAAAGAUGGUCAGUGUCGUCGCAAUGUUAGUAAAGACGCCGUUAAGUACACUCAUCUGUGGGAUGUCUGGGGUCUUCCAAAACUAUAA